AUGGAGAGAAAUAGUGGCAUUCAGUUUGUCAACAAACCUGUCGAAAUUCUUCGGCCAAAAGAUGAUGAUCCUCUACAGCUGCAUUCUGUCUACAACAUGACCUUUCAGGUAGCCCUUCUGGGGGGAGAUCGAAGUCGUGCCUGUGCGCUAGCCUCAAAUGUAUUACAUUUGACGCGGUUGUAUAUCCGCGGGGCCUUGUCGUUCGAGCAAGUCAACGAUGAGUUGGAUAGAGUGUGGUGUGGGUACCCGGGCUGGCAUCACGUUCUCCGAUUGAAGGAGCUGAUAUUAUCCGUUGCGCCGGAGGACUUCGAGAAGAAUCGGCGAGUCACCAUGCUCAUGAAUCUUUUGGAUGAUAAACAAGCGCGGGGUUCUCAUUUUGCCUCUGACGGCCUCCGAGCUGCUUGUGAGCUUUUCCUCCAAGAUUUGGAAAAUCGGUCCCCGACUCUUCGCCUAGAGGUUGACCAUCUGGUGAAACGAUCGUUGAGGGAGGCUUUUCCUCCCGCCUCUACGAUGCAGCGGCUGGCUUCCUUGCUCGGGAAGCACCCACAUAGUUGUGAGAAGCUUGGCGUCCUCACUCGUCUUGCCAUUGACCUUAGAGCGAAAGGUUCUUGCAAUUCCAGGAAGCGGAGGCGGCAGGACUUCGAGGAGGGACUGUCUGACAUUUUGAAGCACGAGAGAUGCGCGAGUCAGAAGAAAGCGAAGGCUGACAUGACAGAGGCGUCCACUGCAGCCGCUGUUGCAGCAGGAUUUAUAACCGACUACUUACCGACUCUUUUGCAGUCAACCGCCGAAACUCUCGCACCUUUCAUUGUUCCGGCUCGGUUUCGGAGUCAGCAGCUUCUCAUGCAGCUCGUAGGACCGAAAUGGCUUCCAUUGAUUUAUAUGAUCCUCGACGAAUGGAACGACGGUCUCUUCACCAAGGAACAGGCGAUGGAUUCACUGACGUGCAUUGCUGGCUCUGACUCCAGAGCCCGCAACGCUCUGCGACCGCUUUUCACUUUGCUGGAAAGCAAGAAGGGCGCCAGGCAACGCCAUAUGACGGGCUCCCUCAGUCGCCAGUUGUACGAUAUGUGGGAACGACGAGGUUCUUCCUAUCGGCGACUGCCCCCCGACUGGCCUUUGCUUGAGUGUAGCGGCCGGGACGCACUCUGCUGGGAGGUGUUCAACGACAGUUGGGCGUCCAUUCCAGAUAGUUCCGAGAGUCAGGCGCGAUUCACGAACCGCCACGAAGAGCAGUUGCUUCUUCUAGAAGACACACGGUAUGAGUGGGACCUCCGCAUCGGAAGGCUGGAGGCGACUCUUCGACGACUAGAGCGUAUCACGGAGCAACUGACAAUGAUAGCUCCAGAGAGACGCCGCUGCGCUACAGUUCGUGUUAGUACCUUCAGCCAGCUGGAUGCGACCAUUCUCAGGACGAUCUUCGGGCAAAAUACCGAACAGGUCGUGUCAAGCAUCUGCCUGUCGCCUCUAACCUCAAUCCCGAUUGUCCACGACACACUGGUGACAAAGCUCAAGCAAUGGCGCGCGAUGCGUUACUUCCUCCAGCUUGGCUGGACGCAACAAGAGGCGCCGCACUGGGCAGGAGCGAUUGAUUUCAAGAAGCGUUUCAUUGGUCGCCCGGGCGCGGAAGAAGACGCGGGGUCUCUUGAUCACUCGAGUUCCCGGCCUUCAGGACGGCCGGCUGACCGCAUGCAGACGCUCAUUCGCUCCGCUGCAGUUGCGCCGCACUCCAGUGAAGCGCGGUUGUCGAUGGCAAGCUAA